AUGGCGAUUCUCACUGAUGAUGCCGACUACGAUACCGGCGAAGCGUCUGACAAUGUACCAAGUUUACCGUCUGAUACCGAGACUUAUGCUAAUUCUAUGGCCGAGGACUUUGUUCUUCUACGUAGCCUUGACAACAAAAACAAGUUGCGAAAACGAGUUCAACCCAUUCCUAUAACUCGAAAGAAAACUGCGACCAUUCCGAGGGCCACAUCAUCUUAG